AUUUUAUAUUUGAAGGAAUGGAUGAGGGUUUCAAUUGACGGCUCGACUUGGCGUUGUAUUGCCUUAGCUUUACCCUACUACUACAGAGCUACCACACUUCCUUCUUCCGCCGCCUUGCUGCUUCCUCCGUCGCCGGCGGUGAGUAGACGGCUGUUUAAUUUCACACGUACCUUUUCUGUUUCAACGCCGAUGGGUUCUCAGCCGGAAGUAUUGGAUUGGCCGGCCAAUAAGGUCCGGCAGACCUUUAUCAGCUUCUUCCAAGGGAAAGAUCAUAAAGAGGUCCAAUCCAGUCCUGUAGUUCCUCAUAAUGACCCUACUCUUCUAUUCGCUAAUGCUGGGAUGAAUCAGUUUAAGCCUAUUUUCUUGGGUAUUGUUGACCCAAAUAGUCCGUUGAGUAAACUUAAGCGUGCCUGCGAUACACAGAAGUGUAUUCGUGCUGGUGGCAAGCAUAAUGAUCUUGAUGAUGUUGGUAAGGAUACUUACCAUCACACAUUCUUUGAGAUGCUUGGUAAUUGGUCAUUUGGGGAUUAUUUCAAGAAGGAGGCAAUUGGAUGGGCCUGGGAACUACUUACCCAGGUAUAUAAACUGCCAAGUGAACGGAUUUAUGCCACUUAUUUUGGAGGUGAUGAAAAAUCUGGCCUUCCAGCGGAUAAUGAAGCUAGAGACCUAUGGCUUAAGUUCCUUCCUCCUAGCAGGGUGUUGCCUUUCGACUGCAAAGACAACUUUUGGGAGAUGGGUGAUACUGGACCUUGCGGACCCUGCACCGAAAUACACUUCGAUAGAAUCGGGAAUCGUGAUGCUGCAUCAUUUGUUAAUAAUGAUGAUCCCACUGUGAUUGAGAUAUGGAACCUUGUCUUUAUUCAGUUUAAUAGGGAAGCUGAUGGUUCUUUGAAACCUCUUCCAGCUAAGCAUGUUGAUACUGGAAUGGGUUUUGAAAGACUAACCUCUAUCCUCCAGAACAAGAUGAGCAAUUAUGAUACUGAUGUGUUCUUACCCAUAUUUGAUGCUAUACAAAAGGCAACUGGAGCUCGUCCGUACUCUGGCAAAGUUGGAGCUGAUGAUGUGGACAAUAUUGAUAUGGCCUAUAGAGUUGUUGCUGACCACAUUCGAACUCUCUCUUUUGCCAUUGCUGAUGGUUCUUGCCCAGGGAAUGAAGGCCGUGAAUAUGUCCUCAGACGCAUUCUACGUCGAGCAGUGCGCUAUGGUACAGAGGUUUUGAAAGCGCAACAAGGAUUUUUCAGCAGCCUUGUGAAGGUGGUGGUAGAAGUUAUGGGUGAUGUCUUCCCAGAGCUGAAGUUGCGUGAGACACAUAUAAGGGAUAUCAUUGCUGAUGAAGAAACUAGCUUUGGAAGGACAUUGCUGCAUGGAAUCGAGAAAUUUAAGAAGGCAGCUCAAGAGGUUCAAGGAAAGCAAUUUAGUGGUCAGGAGGCUUUUGUCUUGUGGGACACUUAUGGAUUUCCAUUAGAUUUGACCCAGUUAAUGGCAGAGGAACGAGGCUUGGUUGUUGAUGUUGAUGGUUUUAAUGUUGCUAUGGAUGCUGCCAGGGAAAGAUCAAGAAAUGCUCAGAGCAAGAAUGCCGGUGGUGCUAUUGCCAUGGAUGCUGACGCUACUGCAGCAUUGCACAAGAAAGGGGUCGCUGCAACAAAUGAUACUUUCAAGUUCACUUGGUCUCAGGAUCAUGAGAGUGAGAUAAAAGCUAUCUACACUGGAAGUGAGUUCUUGGAAAGUGCAGCAGCUGGGAAUGAAGUUGGUAUUAUUCUUGAGAGCACCAGUUUCUAUGCUGAACAAGGUGGUCAGCAAACACAAAAAGCCCGGAGAAUGUUGCCAAAUUCAAAACCAACACAGACAGUGCAUUCACAGAAGGAUAGCCAAGUACAAAGGCAUGAACAUUUACACUCCUUAAAUUCAAAGAAAGACUUGGACACUUCUCCACGGUUGGAUUCUUCUAAGGUGGAAAAUACGAGUUUGAAAAGGAAACAUGUCUCAAGUAAAAAUUCAAAGACAAUGUUUAUGGAGUAUCUUAAAAUGGAAAAGGAGGGAGACGCUAUCUCUGCGGACGUAGAUCUGAGAUUGGAGGGGAAACUCGCUAAGAAACUCAAGGUGAAGAAUGAGAAAUUGCGAGGAGAUGAUGAUAUCGAUAUGUUACUUGAAGGAAUUCCUUUUGUAGUUGACUGUAACAGUCAACUGAACGAAUCUCUGGAGGGUACUGAUACUGACCCUUCACACAAGAAACUGAAAAAAAAGACAGUGGUUGAAGUUUUAGAUGGUAAACUGGUUUCUGAGGAUGGAAAGUUUGAUCCUUCAUGUGUUAGCUAUGUUGAGCAUGUCGACACAGAUUUACAGGCAAAACAAAAAGAGUCAAAAAAGAUGAAAAGAAAGAAGACAAAGUUUGAAGAGCUUCUUGCAACUGAAAUGCGUGGACAGGAUAUCUCAGCAGAUGAGGAUCUGGCUUUGGAAAGGAAGCUUGCGAAGAAGCUCAAGGUGAAGAGAGGGAAAUUACUUGGGGAUCAUGAUGAUAUGAAUAAUUUAUUUGAGGGAAUUCCUUCACUUCUGGAUUCUUUUGAGGAUGAAAAUACACAACUUGUUGGAGAAGCACCUCGAAAGCGUGAUACGAGCUCCUCAAAUGAAAGAUCUAAAGAGAAAAGAUAUAAUAAAGAAGUGCAAGGAGAAGAUUACAAUCAAGAGGAAGAGCAGAAAGCUGAGAGCACUUCAUACUGUACAGAUGUGAAGGCAGCAGCUAGAUCUGCUGCCAAAGAAAAUGCAAUAUAUGUUGCUCCUCGCCUGAGGUCAUGCUUGGGAAAUGAUUCGGAAGAGUUCGCUCAAAUUCGUCGACGACUAAGAGGUCUUCUGAAUAGGAUGUCCGAGGCUAACGUGGAAUCGAUCACAAGUGAAAUUUCCACGAUCUACCAGACUGUUGGUCGCACCUUUGGUUCUCAGAUUAUCAAUGAUGAGGUUCUGGCAUCAUGUUCUAGAGGUCCGCGUGGCAAUGAACAGUAUGCAGCAGUUUUUGCUGCUUUUGUUGCUGGCAUGGCAUGUUUGGUUGGGAUGGACUUUGGCGCCAAACUUCUGGCAUCUAUGGCUAAAUGUUUUGAGGAUGAGUAUCAGAAUGAAGAUAACCUCUCUGUUAGGAACCUGACACUUCUGCUCUCAUACUUGUACACUUUUGGAGUUUGCUCAAGUGACUUGAUAUAUGAUUUCUUGGUGACAUUGAGCAAGAGACUGACAGAAGUGGAUGUUUCUACCAUAUUGACAGUGCUUCAAGCUUGUGGGAUGAAAUUGAGAGGUGAUGAUCCUGUUGGCAUGAAGAAUUUUAUAGUUAGCGUUCAGAAUAGGGUGAAUGAAUUGAAAUCCUCAUCUGGGGAAGGACAAUCAAACAGUAUGGGGAAAAGGAUGGAAUUCAUGCUUGAGAUGAUAUGUGAUAUCAAAAACAAUAAAAAAAGGACGAAGGAGGAGACCUUGCCGCUUACCCGAAUAAAGAAAUGGCUACAACAGCUCAGAGUAGUUGAUAUAUUGAUUCGAGGGUUAAAGUGGAGCAAGCUGAUUGAUCCUGACAAGAGAGGCCAGUGGUGGAUGUCUGGAAAUAUUGAUUCCACAACUGAUGUUCAAGAUGUUGCCAGCACAAUUGAUUUGGAGGUCACUGAGGCUCAAAAGAUGCUCCAGCUUGCUGCUGCUCAGAGGAUGAAUACUGAUGCAAGAAGGGCAAUUUUCUGCGUAAUAAUGAGUGGGGAGGACUAUAUUGAUGCAUUUGAGAAACUUCUAAGAUUAGAUUUGCAAGGCAAGCAGGAUAGGGAAAUCAUAAGAGUUUUGGUGGAAUGCUGUUUACAGGAGAAAGCUUUUAACAAAUACUAUUGUGCUCUAGCUUCCAAGUUAUGCAGCCAUGAUAAAAACAAUAAGUUCACCCUGCAGUACUGUCUGUGGGAUCAUUUCAAGGAGCUUGAUCAGAUGCAGCUGAUCAGAUCAAUGCACUUAUCCAAGUUUGUCGCAGAGAUGGUUGCUUCUUUUAGCCUUUCACUUGCUGUACUGAAGGCUGUUGAUCUCAGUGAUUCUUCACAAUUGACUCCAAAAAGAAUCAUGCACUUUCGGAUGCUAUUUGAGACUAUCUUGGAGUUCCCUGAAAAGCUUGUCUGGAACAUCUUUACUCGAAUUGCUCUUUUGCCAGAGUAUGAAUCACUUCGUGAUGGGAUUGUCUUCUUUAUCCGCAAGUAUGUCAUUGAUAGCCAAAAGUCUCUGGCAGAUAAAUUCAAGAUUGCAAAGAAGGCUCUUAACAAUGUUGAAGGAGUCAUCAUGUGAGUGUUUGCAUGAUAUAUUCUAGAUUCAGGAUUUUGCAGGAAUGGUUAUUGUUGUUGGAGCAACAGUAACCCAGUUUUGGUAGAUGUUUUCUUGAUUCUAUGAUCGUAGGAUAGGUAUGACGAGAAAUUCAGUAUAGACGGAUCCUAGUUAUGUGACUUCAAACCUUGGAAUUGCAUACUGUUUCAUUAUUAACUUUUUGAGGUAGAGAAAUGUGCAACUCUUGCCACAGUGUCUAUGUAACUUAUUACAUGCAUUGUAAGUGAACAUUAUUUAGGGCCAGGUUGCAAUUGCAACUAUACUGUAAUUUCAUUUGUUAAAUUUGGCAUCUUCUCUUCAAUUAAUAUUUUGGGAAUUAGUUGGUGUAUGUCAUAAAAGAUAUUG